GAGAGAAAACGGAGAAGGCGGGGGGGGGCGCGACGAGGUUCCCGGGGGCAGGAGGGGAACCUCGCCCUUUUUUUUCUCCCCGCCCGCUCCUGAGGCGAGAUUAUCAGGAGAGAGGACGAGAAACAGUUAUAGGGCACAGAGGCAAGCGCGGGAUUAGGCGGGAAAGGAGCGCUGUGGAGGAUAGCCCCUGAGCAUCCGGUGGCGCGGCGUCUCUCUGUCUCUCGCUGUUGAGGCGACGGCGGGGGGUGAGGGUGAGGGGUGGGGAUUUCUCUCCUCUCUCCGCCGUGAGGCGCCCAGAACGGCAAGUUCGCCGCGAGGGGGAUACGGAGGGGAAGUUGCGGCUGCUCCAGGCAGGCAGGCAGCGCGACCAGGGGGGAGAGAGAGAGAGGGAAGGGAGCCUGCCGCGCCAUGGAGGGGAGCCCCAUCCCGGUGCUCACCGUGCAGACGGCCCCGUUUGAGGACCAGCGGCCGACGGGCGGCGGGGGGCUGAGGAGGCCCACGGCAGUCUUCGAGAGCCAGCGCAACUACCUGCCCAACUUCGUGCAGAGCGUGCUCUCGUCCAUCGACCUGCGCGAUCGCCAGGGCUGCACCAUGGUGGUGGGCAGCGACGGGCGGUAUUUCAGCAAGACGGCCAUCGAGGUGGUGGUGCAGAUGGCGGCGGCGAACGGGAUUGGAAGACUGGUUAUUGGUCAGAAUGGCAUCUUAUCUACUCCUGCUGUAUCAUGUGUUAUCAGAAAAAUAAAAGCAGCUGGUGGGAUUAUUCUGACAGCUAGUCACUGUCCUGGAGGACCUGGAGGAGAAUUUGGAGUUAAGUUUAAUGUUGCCAAUGGAGGUCCAGCUCCAGAUGCUGUCUCUGAUAAAAUCUAUCAGAUCAGUAAAACUCUUGAAGAAUACGCCAUUUGUCCUGAUCUGAGAAUUGACUUAUCUCGUCUAGGAAGACAAGAAUUUGAUCUGGAGAACAAGUUCAAGCCUUUCCGUGUUGAAAUAAUAGACUCCGUAGAAGUCUACCUUAACCUUUUGCGGACUGUCUUUGACUUCAAUGCGAUCAGAGGCUUGCUAACGGGGCCAAAUCAAUUGAAGAUUAGAAUUGAUGCAAUGAAUGGAGUGAUGGGUCCCUAUGUCCGGAGAAUCCUGUGUGAUGAACUGGGAGCUCCUGCUAAUUCUGCAGUUAACUGUGUACCUCUGGAGGACUUUGGUGGCCAGUACCCUGACCCGAAUCUCACGUAUGCAACUUCAUUGUUGGAGGCGAUGAAAGGAGGAGAGUAUGGAUUUGGAGCAGCUUUUGAUGCUGAUGGAGACCGAUACAUGAUCUUAGGUCAAAAUGGAUUUUUUGUGAACCCUUCUGAUUCGCUGGCCAUUAUUGCUGCCAAUCUCCCCUGCAUUCCAUAUUUCCGUCAGAUGGCAGUGCGGGGGUUUGGCAGGAGCAUGCCUACCAGUACUGCUUUGGACAGGGUGGCAAAAUCUUUGAAAGUUCCUGUCUAUGAAACACCAGCAGGUUGGAGGUUCUUCUCAAAUCUGAUGGAUUCUGGUCGAUGCUCACUUUGUGGAGAAGAAAGUUUUGGCACUGGCUCUGACCAUAUCCGAGAGAAAGAUGGUCUUUGGGCUGUCUUAAUUUGGCUCUCAAUCAUUGCAGCUCGAAAGCAGGGCGUAGAAGAAAUAGUCAGAGAGCACUGGACAAAAUUUGGCCGUCAUUACUACUGCAGAUUUGAUUAUGAAGCACUGGAUCCUCGAACAGCAUUUUUCAUAAUGAGAGACCUGGAGGUUUUGAUUACUGACAAGUCUUUCACUAACCAACAGUUUGCUGUUGGAAACAAUGUCUACACUGUGCAGAAAGCUAACAGCUUUGAAUAUGUGGAUCCCGUAGAUGGCACUGUGACCAAAAGACAGGGGUUGAGGAUAAUUUUUUCUGAUGCAUCCAGACUCAUCUUCCGGUUAAGUGCUUCUAGUCAUGUACGAGCUACCCUCCGGAUCUAUGCAGAAAGCUAUGAAAAGGACCCCAGCAAACAUGAGAGAGAACCACAGGCUGUAUUGAGUCCUCUUAUAGCAAUUGCACUGAAAAUAUCUCAGAUUCACGAGAGGACAGGUCGUAAAGGUCCUACUGUCAUCACCUGAACAAGGGAAGGAGCAAUAACCCAGGGCCAAAUAUGAGAAAGCAAGGUGGAAAGAAGACCUGACUGAAACACAUCAGCUUUUUGUGCCUUAUUACAACUUAAAGGGCUUGAGGGAAUUGGGAUGGGGGUGCAGGAUAAAUUUCAGUACUGAUUGUAUUUUGUUUCAUUGUUCUACUAAACCAGCAAUGCACUUACUUCUGUACUAUGGCUUCAAGUAUUUUCUUACACACAAAAUAACCAAACAGAAUGCUUCAUUUAUAUUAACAGUCUGUUAUUUCAUAAUGUGAGCAUGACAGGAAAGGUUUUUGUGUUCUGCUUUUGCCAAGCAGGAGUGGGCUACAUACUCCUUUGGCUGGGCUUUGUUGCAUUAUACAGGGUCCAGGUGGCAGUUUGUAUUUUAAGAUUCCUCAAUUUUAAUUCACUCUUAUGUAGCCUUAAUAAGUUUUAAACUAUAAAAUUGUAUUUUCAAAAAGCCUAGGGAAAAAAAAUAAGUUAUAUACCCCAUGAUGUCCAGACCUAUCUUUUGAUUGCCAUGGUCUACUUCAUGAUUUUGAGUUAGACUAUUAGAGAGCUCUGGGUCGUUGCAGCUGACUAGAACAUUCAGCUACUAAUAAGGGACUAAACACUUAUCCAAGAUGCUAGGAAUUUUUUCUUUGGAUGAAAUGUCACACAAGGCGCAGAGCCCAAACAGUGCAGCUCAUGCACAGAAACUGCAGAUCUGGCUGUUCUGCUUAGAGAUUUAUACCCUAUGUUUACUCAGGAGUAAGCCCCAGUGAGCUCAAUAGAAUUUUCCUCCAUGUCAAUGUGCACAGUGUAGCAAUUUUAAACUGAGAUUUCAUUGAACCAUUUAUGAUUUCCAAAGCAUGCUUGCAACGGCCAAUCCUAAACUCUCAGCCAAAGUUCUAUGACUAAUAAGUACUGUUUUCUGUACCAGCUGAAGCUUGGCAUGUGCUGCAUUCUUGCACACUUUAUGUAAGUAAAACUUUCAAAUUCAAAAGGUGGAGAAAGAAAAUCACCGUGCAGCCAGCUCUUUGGCAAACAGUUUCUGUUUUCUGCUCUUGCCUCCUCAGUUAAUCACAAAUCGGCAGCAGUGCAGAUGCUCUACACAUGUGGCCUGCACACUUGCAGUUAAAAAGUGUAAUGGCUUUUCCCCUCCUAGCCCCCUUUCAGAUCUUUUUUGUGACUCUGUCUAGUUUUAAUUUAAAGAAUAUCUCUAUUGUACUGUUACUAAACAAUACCCGAGGCAACCUCCUCCUUUUAGCAUUGAGUUACAGCAGCUGGCUGGGCAGAGGGCCAUGACUUUCUUCUGUUACAUUUUACUGCUUUUGAAAGGAAACUGCUAGACUAGCCUCCCCUCCCCCCAGCUUUAUUUUAAAUAAACGAGUUGUUAUGAAGCUAUAUUUUGAAAUGAACAGGUGUUCCAUUUCUUUAGGGGUGUUUGGUCAUGACAAAGUCAGACUUUUAAUUUGGAGAGAUUGUGUGAUUCUUUUAGAACCCCCAACUAUGAAUUAAAAGGAGUAUACUGUAUCAGAAAUGUCUCUGCAUAAGUGUUCAUUUACCACACAUUGAUUUAACCAGAGUGUGGACCCUAAAAUGUCAUUGUUUUGUACUUAUACAAAUGUAUGAUAACUGAAUGUUCUAAUUAAUUACAUUUCUGGUACUCAACUGUCUUUUAAAAAGGAUUACAUGUCAUCAUACAGAUGGAAAUAUAAGUGUAUGUAGCAUAAUCCUCUGAGAUAAAUUAAAGAACAGAAGUCAACAAAACAAGAUUUCUGUUCAUGAUCCAUCCAGAAUAUAUUCAGGUCCCCACAGAACAUGUGGAUAGUGCUUGUCCAUCUUUAAUGAUCAUGUGGUUCCUUUCAAAGGUAGCACAGAAUGAAAUAGUGGAAGUGAUCCACAUUGCUUGUGUAAGAUUUCUAGUUGUUCAUGCUUCCUGUUAUCUCUUGAAAAAAAUUGUAACUAUGCUGAAACAAUGUGUCAGGCAUAGCCUUAAAAACCAUUAGUGCCUUAGAAAUGAUGAUUUCCACCUCUGCUCAGUGGAACAAGCACUCUGACAAAUUGAUUUUCCUUUGGCUUAGUUUCUCUCAAAUUAAUGGUGGCACAAGAAUGGUGUGGAAGCCAUUUAAUAUCCUAAACCACUUCCAGAUCCAUUUAGAAACACAGUAGUAGUGUGGUUCUUUUCAUCACUUCCCUAAAUAAAGGGAGGUAGGGUGUUGGAAAAGACAAAUCAUCUAUGAAAAUGUGACAGCUUCAAUUUUAGUUCAUUAAUGAAAUACCAUUGAAAUGAAUUAGACUCAUUCCUUUUGCAUCACUCUAGUUUAAGGGAUGGCAGGUCUGUUUGAGAGUUCAGAUUACCUGCUGCAAAAGGGAGGCAUUUUGUGCCUCUGGCUGUGUUUAGAGUGGAGUGGAGCCUGAGAAGGAGACUAUCCCAAAUAAAAUAUGAUCUGUGCUGCCUGUGGAAGGGUAAUAAAUUGAAGGUUUAAAAGUCCUUUUCUAAUUCACUUAGCUGUCUGAAAGUCUACCAAAUGUUUUUUUCAGAAGGUCGCAGAAUGAGUCAUCAGGGAACAGAUGGAGCAGAAGAGAGGAUUCUCAUUGAAUGGUUGGGUACAGCAAACGUUGCUUGUGCCUGGGAAAUAAUAGCAUGACUCCAACAGUGCCUCACAACCCUGAAAGGAUGAGAACUCUUUCUGUGUUUGACUCAUGUGGAUGUUUUUCUUUUUUGGGAAUAGAGAGGUGUGGCUGCUUGUUAUGUGUUGAGGCAGCUUUUAUGCAAUCUGAAACUUUUGUAGCCUAGUAACAUCCAUUGCAGUGGCCGUAUGUUCAUUAUUCAUGCAAUCUUGGGCAUUCUUGUGCUGUUGGAAAUUGAUCUGGUUUCUUUUUGGUAUUUGUCAAAACAUGCAAUGAUAUUUAUUAUAUAUGUCCACUGCCACAUUUCUGCUAUUGCUGAAGAAAGGUCAUGGUGUGCCGUAACACAAUACUGUACCUUUUUAAAAAAAAGCUAUGUCUAAACAAAUGAGACUCUAGUUAUUUCCUCACUUCUAAAAUCACAGUGUUUUAUGGCAGCAUCAUUAAACAUCUUUUUUGUAAAUCAAAA